CGUAUCCAGGCCAGCUCCAUUUGGCCAUUCCUGCAUCUCGAUUCCUCGGAGCUGUCGAACACUCGUCUGGUUGCCUUCCCAGCCAGCUAUAGUCAACAUUUGCGCAAGGGGUGUCAUCAUGUACAUUGCCCAUGUAACAGGGUCGUUUCCCCUCCAUUCUCGAUUGGUAAAUCAACACUUGCGCAACGGCAUUGAUCAUGAGUACCAGUAUCUCGGAUACCUGGAGCUGAGGGAAGGCUCACUGCUCACUGCUCAUUGCUCAGCGUGUCAGUCAGUCCGACUCCCACCAAUUCCCGAACCGCCGCAUUGGUGUCAACACGAAAGUUUACUCAGGACAAACAAUCAGGAUGGCUCCCAAUCAAACUCUGCGGAUCAUGACAUCGGAGACGCUAGGCGACGAGUGACAUUUUGGAACCCCCAUGCAAGCCUUGCUCCCUACUCAGGAUUUUUUCGGUUCGUCAUCAGACCGACGAAAUGUUCCGGUCAUGAUCUGCAGGAGAGGCAAAAGAAAAGAAAGGCACAUGCCGUUGACCACGAUCUGAAUCUUAUUGGGGCGGAACAAGAUCUGGAAACAAACUGCUCGUUGUGCACCGGUCAGGCGCUCACUUCAGCACUCAAAACUCAAAAGCAGCUACUGACCGGGGUUCUCAAAGACUUGCUACGAUUUACGAAGAUUCUUUAGUGCCCAGUGGUGGGUUGGAUUGGCGAGUGGCUUGAUCAACAGCAAGUCAUCGAGCCCCCUUUCUUUCCCCAGUUAUUCCAGUCCAGGUACAGAUUUGAACACGGGUUUCUAGCCUUUUCUGGAAGUAUUCGAACUUUGGUCAAAUUUCUCUCCCUGCAGAUGAUGGCUGUUUUUAUCCCUGGUGGAGAAUGCUGAUCUCUGUUUCACUGUUCAACAG